GGAUACGUUCCUUUUUGUUAAUCUCCUAACUCUGUCAAUACAACUAUGAUGUAAUAUAUAUGAAAUAUUUAUAAUAUCAUAAUAAAUUAUGCUGUACAUUGUCACUAUUUCCCACAGAUAAUGUAAUGAUAUUCUGGACGCCCCUAAAUAUCAAAUGGUUCGCUCCGUUGCUAUGCUAUCUUGUAAUGACAUUCUCCAGGGUGAUGAAGAAGAUGUAGUUAUUUGGCCCGAAAAUACAUAACGUAGUUCGGUUUUAAACGUAAAUUGUGUGAAACGUGACAGCAAAUACCAUGGCCGGUAUAAGGAGAGUGAACGGGAAGUUAUCGGGAAUUAACCCAGCUGUCAGUUGCUGCCGCCUGUGUCAGGUUCAGUCUCUGCUCUGUGAGGCUGGCACCACCACACCUGAUGGCAUCCUGUGCUCUCUUGGAAUUGACAGCAGAUAUAAUGAUGGGUGCACUGAGCUGGCGAAAUUCCUGUUCUAUGGACUAUAUGGAAGAAAUCAGCUGAAUCUGGACCUUGCCCUUGAAGAAUUUCCUGAGGAAAUGCUGGAUGAUGUAAUCCUGCUGAUCAAGGCGGAGUGUGUUCAUCUGUACUGCAACCCUAUGAACUACAGUUACCUGUUGCCCUACGUGUCCCACUGGAGGAACCUGCAACUCUACUGCAUGACAGAGGCGGAGUAUGAAGAUGAGGAAGCAGCAGAGGAAUUCAAAAUUUCCAGUUUUGUGACGAUGGUGCAGGACUGUUAUCGUAUCGGAGUCCCUUACAGCUCCCAGGGACACAUCCAGAGGUUUGAUAUGUUUAUGAUGGAAAAGUGGCCCCUGAUUCAAGCGUUUGCCCUGGAAGGCAUCGGUGGAGGAAGCUUUUUUACCAUGAAAUACAAGCUGAUGGACAUGAGUGAGAACCUGUGGCAGGUUUACAACAGACUCGACCCAGUGUCCCUGGAUAGUCUCCUCACAGAGGACUUGGUUAGCUUUGAGAAGCAGUGGAGUGGCUUUUUCUCCAGCAUGGACCUGGAGAACCAUCUGUCCAUCCUGGAGCUAUCUGAAGCUCAGGCAGGAGAGGCUUUCCGUACUUAUUACUCUCAUGGACUGAUCUCAAGCAACAUCACUGAUAAAAGUCAAAGCCAGCAGCCCUUUGUGUUGUUUGGGAAGCAUUCAUCUUUAGACGAUUUGGAGAGUUAUUCGUUCAACUUUCCCUCAGAGAGUCAUCAAGUCCGCAACACAGGACCUCCGGGUUCUACAGCCAGACACAUGAUUCUGCAGUGUGUGGCUCCCAAAGGACCCCUAGCCUGCUCUCGAACCUAUUUCUUCGGCACCACCCACACUCCGUACCUUGGAAAUCACAACACGGAGCAAAAGAAAACAGAAGUCUUACUUUUGUCACAGAUUUAUUUAGCUGCUGUUCAAGCAGUCCUGUCAGGAAUCAAAUGCUUCUCCUGCAGCUCCAGCGCUGCCAAGGCUAAGGAUGUAGCAGAGAACACCUUCCUAUUGGCUUUGGACUCAAUGAAUUUAAGUCAGUACCGCAGUUCUCUCAGGUCCAAAUGUGACUUCAGCAUUAAAGCAGUGAAUAACCAAGGAAAGAUCAUUCCUCUGACUGAUGAAGACAGCCGCUAUGUACUAAAAACAGCCUCCAUGACUGUCCAUGACAUCACAGACCUGCAGUGGCACAGGGGCGACCUUGGCUCUGUGGUCUUCUCUGAAUCCUUCUUGGAGUCGAGUAUCAACAUUCAACAGAAAGAUGGCACUGUGUCCUCAGACAGCUGCUACACCAUCCUGACUACAACCGUUCCUCGAUAUGCCUGCUGGCUGAUGGAAUCUGACGUAAAGCAAUCUGAACAAGCCCAACAUCUUGCUAAGAAAGAGGAAGGCACUUGUUUGGGAACGGCUCUGACUGUAGCAGAUGCUGCGUAUGUGUUCUCCAGCGGCCAGCUCUCUACACCUGAAGAAGGGAAAAUCAUUUUCUUCUCUGAGGGACUGCUGUUUAUCCAUUCUCAGUAUGGAAGCAUUACCCUCUCCAAGGAUCACAUCAGCACCAUCAAGUUCUAUGAUCCGGACUCCAGUGCUGUGGCGUCUCUCCUGGUGGAGUAUAAGAGCAGCCUGCUCCCCCACCUUCCCUUCCCUCUCCACAGUGCUGACUGUUGUCUGGUGUUUGCUCUUCAGCCCAGGUCUAAGAGCCACAGGGCCUUCUAUUCCAAGGUUUUGUCAGUGUGGAAGAACUCUGAAUCUGGACUCACUCUGCAAAUGGUGGACCAAAAGCACCUGACCUGGAACCAGAGAAACAUGCACAGCAGACUGCAGAAGCUGCACGACAGUCAGGAGCCACCGGUGGCCAAACGCAGAGGCAGCCUGAAGACCUCAUACUCCCAGCUGCCAGAGCAGGACAUGUUUCUUCAGCACUUUGCCUUGAGCAGUAUCGGUCAGGAGCCCAUUCUGUACGACCACCUGGGGGUGCUCUUCCCCUCUGCACAGUUGAGGAAUCCAGUCCACAGUCUGGGAGACAAGGUUGUCAUCACCAUCAUCACGGGAUUACCAGGAAGCCACAAGGCGAGACUCUGCAACUUCUUGGUCCAGUUGAACAAGGAACAGGGAAGGUGGGUGGUGUACAAGCCUGAUCCUGACAGCUGUGACGGCUUCUCAGCCUCUCACCUGCAGCAGUAUUUGUCCAGCUUCCUGGAGAGCCAGAGAGGCCCAGGAGGCAAACCCCGUCUGUUGGUGCUCUCACCUGGAUACACUGAUGUUCUGGACGUGGUCCAGGCUGUGCUUUUCCACCCUGACCCAGUUGUCCAAGCGUGUUUCACCAUCGGCGCUGUCACUGCUUGUGUGGACCCCCUCGCCUCCUGUGUGGAGCACAGGUUUGCGUUUCCUAAGCUGUUGGAGCAGUGCAACCAAGGUAUUGUGAGUACAGUGGUGUUCACGGGGCUGACAGCAGAGCAGAAGCACCCUCUCCUGCAGCAUGUUCAGCAGUUGGUACGCUCUGCCAACCCCACCGCAGCCUUCAUACUGGCAGAGAGAGGAGCUGUCACCAGGAAUGAAGAUGUGAACCUGAUAUUUUCUGAUAGCAGCUUCAACGAGCCGCAGAUGCUGAGAGCACGUUAUGUCCUCUACCCCGGAUGGUGCAAAGGGCGCUUCUUCUCCGGUGCAGGGUCUCUGGUCCUCACCCAGCAGCGCGUGGCUUUCAAGCGGCCCCUCGAGAGGCCUCUAUUUGUCACCCGCUGUAAAGCACUCAAGUCAUCACUAAGGCCGCGCCCCUUCCGAGGAAAUGUUUACAACGUUUGGGGAAAAGUCCGAUUCUCUGACUCAGACCAGCUGAUGGAGGUGAGCUACAACACAGUGAGUAGGAGCCUGAGCAUUGCUCCAGACCGGAGCGUUGACCCUCUGACCCCGGGCCCCAAAGAGACCAACGCGCCCUGCUUCCUGAUCUUCGAUGGUGUUGGCCUCACUGAGGAGGGGCUGAAGGACUGGCUCAGACAGUGUGCCAAGCAGAGGCAGACGCAGAAGCCCAAGAGGACUAAAAAUACUCUUUCACCACAAGAAACCAAGAGCAUACAUAUGACGAGGCACCUGGACCCCCUCCCACCAGGCUACUUCUACAACGGUUAUCAAUAUGUUGACAUCUUUGGAGAGAAGAUGAACCUCCAUCCCUACAUGGAAGAGUUUAUUAAGGAGUACCUCACCGAGGCCAACAAAGAGGUCGAGCUAUUCAACCACCAGCUGGAGUUGCAGGGACAGCCUGAUCUGUUCGAUCCAUGAUAGAAUCUGUGUGCAUGUCCACUGUCUCCAUCUGUCUUGUAUAACUCUGAGGGAACCACAAUGGGAGGGACCGGGAGGGCACAGGGUUUAUGUACUGAACACUCCACUACAAUGGUCAAUGUGUGGUCACACCACAUGCAGCUUCCGCUAAAACAUUCAUUAUCUAUGUCCUAUGUCCUAUGUCCUCGUGUGGGGGCAUGAAAAGGUUGAGUGCAGAUAAGCUUUCAAACAAUGACAUUAACCAUGAAAAGCAGUCGUGUUGUUGUGGCUGUGUCCUUACACUGCUCACUGUACAGUGAGGCAUCACCUCCAUCAAAUGGAAGUGAGUCAUUGACGUGGGUCACUUGUGUUGAUUCACGUUUGUCAAGAGAUGAGACUUUUGCUCACAACUGCAGACGAAUGUGAAACAUAACGCAACACAACACUCCAUCUUUAAACCGAUGUGAUUACGCCACUAAGCCUGCGAGCUCUGAGACUUUCACAAUUCAAGGGAAUUUCCAAGCGCACACUCCUGCAGCUUGUGCGUUUCUGUUUAUCACAGUUGGCAAAUUAAUGCCUCUAUUUCUGGAAAGGCAUGGAUAGCCGUGUGAUUCUGGUGGGCUCCCUGGUGGGGUUUCUCAAGAAUCGCUCCUCCUCUGUUGUCACCCAAUCCCUGGCCCACCUGUUGUCUUGUCUGCGUGCCACGCUGCAGCAGAGGGAGCGCUUGGCCUUAGAGCUGUAAACACUGGACAGCCUGUUGGCCGCAGACAACUGAUGAAUGAUGCCAUUAAUCACAUAGCUAAACGCCAUCCCUGUGCUUUAUUUAAAGACUCCUGAAGUGAAUCUAAUGAAAGUGAUGUAAAGCAGCAGCGGAGUGUCGUAGUUCUAGAACCGCUAAGGAAAGCUUGAAGGAACACAUGGUUACAUGUCCGACAGAAAGUUUCCCUCAAAGCACGGUUCUAGGGACACCAGGGAGACACACAGUGGAGCUGAGCCUCACUGCAGCCACGUGUGCGCCACUCAUUUCAUCAUUUUGGUCAAUAUGUUCAUUUGUUGAUGGCGUGAACAUUCCCGUGUUUAGUUUGGUUUUGAUAUUUUGGGUCACUGCUUUGGGUAGGACAAGGGGGAAAGAAAUGAUCUGGGAAAUCCUAGAUUGAGUUUACUGUGUUGGGUAAACAUGAGUAGUGACGUUGCAGAGAAUGAGACUUUAUGUCUUGUUUAAGUGAGUUGUGAUGCUACUGCUUGUUCGUGUGUCACACUAAUGUUCUGUGCAUGACUUCCUCUUGUCAGGGUUCCUACACAGAUUUGAAAUGUGUUUGAUAAGCUGUCAGUUAGUUCUGUGUAGUUGUUGUUGUUUCUACAGCUGCAUAUGUGGUUCGUAAAAGACCGACUUCAACUUUUAAAUUGCGAUAUCUAACCAAACCAGCAUUUCAAAGUAAAAGCGUGCUCAUGUAGAAGUUGAUAAUGCGUAGGAACCCUGCUACAAUCUCUGGAGAUGUGUUGGCUUUUAUUCAUUAUGGGGUCAGCAGUGUUGCAUGCAGACUCGUUAACAAUCUUUGGGUCAAGUGGUGCUAAAUUUGUCUUGAUAUUUAAUACUGACAAAGGGACAUUUAAGUGCACAUAGAUGUGUGCACAUACGGCUGCUCCAGUACGAUAUUUAUGGUGUUGGUCUUUGUACACUGGAGCAGAGACAUCGCCUGCGUUCACUAAUGAGGACUCUUGAGGUUCUUACAUGUCGGAUAAGAGAGGAAGGGUGUUUUUGCAAAGAGCAUAUUUUAAGUCUAUAAUCUAAUUCCUUAGCAGAGGGGGGGGGGUGCUAGUGUGGUGAACACUUAUUAAAUGCUUCUUAUCUAAGAUAUUUUUAGAUCAGUGGUGACCUUAGUUUAUUUCCAGUUGCUGACUGUCAUGUUUUACACGCCUGCCUGUCAGCGCCGUCGACAGCCAGUGAACAGAAUCAAUAAUUAGUUUACAGCUGGCCGACAAACAAAGAGUGAUAACAUUGUUAGCAAGUUAUUUUCCCCCCAGAUGACCUGCGAGUAUCUGUGCAGAGUCAAACAAUCCUGAACCGGAACUCAACCUGACACUGCUGGCCCCGUCCGUCCACUUUGAUCUGAAUAAGCCAUAAGCAUCUCGUGCUCGAUGUGCCACUGUCUUUUAGAAGAAGAAUACGAUGCAUAGAAAUCCGAUAUGCCUCUAACGUGUGUUACCCUGGCAUGUUCCAGCCAGCUGAAGAGGGGCUCACCCCACGCUACUCAUUCCAUUAACUCCUCUCUUCCACUCCUGCUCUUACUCUAUAAAAGAAGUGUGUUUUUAUAUAUUGUACUUACAGUACCCUCACACGGCUCUUUAAGGACAGACCAAGGCUAAAUGCUCCGUCUCUCGCAGCUCGUAUUCUGCGCUCCGCUGGCUUUGAGUGCUCGUAGCUGUGAAACACAAUGAGAUGCCACCUGAAGAAAAAAAAAGCUUUACUUCUGUUUACAAAUUACAGAUAGUCUGUAAUGCAAACAGAUUACAAUGUCUUUUAUUUUUAAGUGGAGCAUUAAAUUAUGUUACAUAAAUCCUUUUUUGACAAAAUGAUAACUGUUUAAGCCUGAUCCUCUUUGUAGUGUUUCAGGGAUGCACUCAAAGCAACAGUUGUUGUCUCUCUGUAGUUGCAUAAUCCUGCAGAGAGUUACCUUGAUUGACAGUGAAAUAGUUGCGAGCUGAUGUACGGGAGGCUGAAGGCUCCACAAACCUGCUACACGUGUCGACGAGCAGACACACAGGAAGUAUAAUUGGCCGAGAGAUUAAAGAAGUAGUCCUUAAAGAGCGGAGGGUUAUGUAAGAUGUUUGUGAUAUUGAGAUCAAAUGACCUCUAACACGUAUACACUCUUUUGCAUGUGUUGAGAUGUUAUGUGAAUAUGAUGUCACAUAUAUCCUGACAGAAUUGCCUUUCACCAAACUGGUACAACAAAGAGAAAAAGAAAUCACAUUUAUUUUACGUAUCUGCUAAGAAUUUGAAUUACCUCGAAAUGACAAAUAGUAUUUUUGUAAGACUGUGAAUUGAACGUUCUAGAUGCAAAACGUCUCAUCUCGCACAAGCUACAAAAGAGCAAAAGCAGAUGCAAUUUUUUUGUAGAAAACAAAAGUGGCAGAGAAUCUGAUUGGGCGUGAGACGUCAGGUUCCUCUGAUCCAGCAGUGCCUUGGCUACGGCUGAGAGAAGCAGAGAUUAAAGCUCCGUCCCUCUCCCUGUCGCAGGGGAAGGAAGUGUUGUCAGGCGAGGAUCCGUCCUUCAACAGUGUUGGUGAAAGGAAUCCAUAGAGUCGUUCUUUAAAGCAAUGUGUUUUUUCUAAGUCAGAGGGUAAGGUAGGGGAGGUCACACACGGGGAGGCCGCAGGAGGGCUCCGGGCGAUUCAGGUAUUCUCACAAACUAACCAAAAAAGCGUUGGAUUACGGGCUGGGUACCACAGAGAGUACUGGAACCAGCACAGUUUGGAUACUUCAAAUGUAUUUACACUCGCAGUGGAAAAACAAAAAGGAUUGAGUUUGUUGGGUGCCCCCUACUUAUUGCACAUUGGGGGCCCAAAGAGCCCUCCCCAAGCCUCUCGGUGUGACUGCUACGCAGCUCUCUGUCCAGAGCACCUGGUGUCUUCAUCCUGUAUGUGGAGGCGAGCCAUGUUGUAGCUGAAGUUAUAGGACAAAAACAAAGUUUGGUGUUAAUUGGUUUUAUACGAAGGGGGGGGGGGGGGAUGUUGUGUUCUUGUACUGCGAUGUGAUAACGCAGUGUGAGAGGGGUUUUUUGUUCUUUUCUAGUUUUGAAGUUUGGCUCCAGUGUUCAAAAGGGCCAACUGUGUGGAAUUGAUGCACUUCUUGAAGAAGUGAAUAUUUUUAAGGUAUUUUUGUGCUUAUUGGAGAAUUCGGCUUGGAAAUGGAUUUUUAACUGUCCAAAUAUUUCUCCGGCCUCAGGGGACUGUUGAUACUAAUUGUUUGGGCUGUUCUGUCCUAUUGAGGUUAAAAGGGAAUCACAGGCUCUUCACCCCUCAGUCUGCACAGACAGCGAGAGGAAUUUGCUCAGGUGUACUUAUUAUUUCAUACCUGAGAUUACAUAUUUGCCCUAUAAAGCUCACGUGUCGUAGAAGAAGAUGGGGGUGAAAUUGUGGUUAAUAUCUUCUGUCUAUAGCAACACACUGGCUGGCCGCACUGUCGUGCACAAAAAAAAGGAUGUUGUUAUUCGUGUCAAGUAACGGCAACGAUUCAAGUUGGGAGGUGUUUGAUGUCUUCACGGCAGAAUUAGAUCUGGGGAAGAAUAAAAAAAAGCAAAGGGCUCAUUGCUUGUCCCGUAUCUACAGGCCGCACAAAGUAAAACAACUUCUGAUGGUCUCUAUUGUAAUGAGGGGGGGGGGGAUCUGAAGUGCCAAACUGACUUCCACAUUUUGUUUUGAGGGUGUUCACAGAAAGUGAGCAAAACUGAAUUGCAUUUGCACAAAACUACUGUAACUUGUGUUUUUCUCCUGUGACUGAUGCUUUUAUAAUCUAACUGUUGUUUUUAAUGCACCUCGUAAUCCAUUAAAUAUUUAUAUGGUUGAUCA